AUGUCUGAUUUCGAUAACGCUUCGCGUGGCUUCUUGGGCACUGUUGAGCCGUGCACCAUCAAGACUGCAGCUGGCCGCACGGCCUGGGAUGCCCAAGACUACGCAUUCCUACAGGGAAGUUGUCCAGAUACCGUGCAUCCGAAGCUGUGGCGACAGGGUCUGCUCACUUAUCCCCAUGGCCUGUUCGAAGUUACAAAGGGUGUUUACCAAGUGCGUGGAUUCGACAUCUCGAACAUGACACUAGUGGAGGGAACCAAGGGUGUGGUUGUCAUUGAUUCCCUGAUAUCCAAUGAGUGUGCUGCUGCUGCCCUGUCUCUGUACAGAAAACACCGCGGUGAACGACCGCUCACUGGUCUCAUCUACUCCCACUCCCAUAUCGACCACUUCGGCGGUGCCUCCGGAUUCCUACCCUCGGGCAAGGAGGAUACUAUUCCCAUCAUCGCCCCAGAAGGAUUCAUGGAAGAAGCCACAAGCGAGAAUAUCUAUGUUGGACCCUCUAUGCGCCGUCGGGCUAGGUAUAUGUACGGGUCGAGUCUACUGAAGAGCGCAGAAGGCCAUGUUGGAUGCGGAUUGGGACUGGCGACAUCACAGGGCACCACUUCCCUGAUUCCCCCCAAUAUCUUGGUUUCAACCACCGGCGAGGAAAAAACCAUCGAUGGCGUCCGCAUCAUUUUCCAAAUGGUUCCCGGAACAGAGGCACCUUCCGAAUUCAACCUCUACUUCCCAGAUACACAGGCCCUCUACAUCGCCGAGUGCGCCACGCAUAACAUGCAUAACAUCAUCACUCUGCGUGGUGCGCUUGUCCGUGAUGCUAAGGCAUGGUCGCGCUACCUGGACGAGAGUAUUGCUCUAUUCGGUGACAAGUCCGCGGUGCUUCUAGCUGGACACCACUGGCCGACCUGGGACCAUGAGCAAAUCAACUGCAUGAUUGCCGAGCAGCGUGACAUGUAUGCAUUUAUGCAUGACCAGACAGUGCGUUUGAUGAACCAUGGCCUGACGGGUGUUGAGAUCGCCGAAAUACUCAAACUGCCCCCGACUCUCGAUAACGCCUGGCAUCUGCAAGGGUACUACGGCUCCCUCAAUCACAAUAUCAAGGCUAUUUACCAACGCUAUAUGACUUGGUUCGACGGGAACCCUGUUAACCUCUGGAAACAUCCCCCUGUGGAAGAGGGAAAGCGGUAUAUCUCUUGUAUGGGCGGGAUUGACCAAACGGUUACAUUGGCAAAGGGCUUUGCUUCUAGUGGUGAUCUGCGCUUCGCGGCUACAUUGUUGGGACAUGCUAUUGCCGCAGAGCCCAAACAUGUUGGAGCGCGCACUUUGCUUGCCUCCGUCUUUACUAAAUUGGGGCACGGUGCUUUGAAUGCGACAUGGCGAAACUACUACCUUACUGGAGCUCAGGAUCUGCAGCAGACUGAAACUGUGAAUCCAUAUGCGAAGAUGGCAACCCCGGCAAUGGGUCCGCUGUUGACUGUCGAGCAGUGGUUCUCUGGCCUUUCAGUUCAGAUUGAUGGGCCACUGGCAGCGAGCGUGUCGCUGGUCAUCGACGUUGAGGUUAUUGAUCAAAGUCAGACGUGGCGUCUUAUUCUUAGCAACGGUGCUCUGUCUUAUAGAUUGCUAUCUGACAAGGCUACUUCCUUGGAGAAGGUGGGAUUGCGGUUGAGGGUGACGAAGGAAGAACUGCGGCAACUGCUUCUUGGUCAGAUGGCAGCUGAAUCUCGGACGGUUGCAGGAGAUUAUCGGUAUUUCCAGAGACUUUUGCAGUUCUUUCCAUGGGGAGCCAAAUCCGGAACAGAAAGCCACCUGUGA